AUGGGUCAUGAUAUAAAUGAAUAUGAACUCAUUCCAGAAACUAUUAGGCCUUCUACGGCAGCAAGAGAAGCAAAAGAGAUUCAUUUUGAAAGAUCUAUUAUUGUCAGUGAAGAUGACAUACUGUUACAUAGGAAAUUAAACAAAAAUCAACUCAUUGCAUAUAAUCUGAUUACUGAAAGGAUAUUUUCGAAUAAAGUAGGUGCCUUUUUUAUAGAUGGUCCUAGAGGAACAAGGAAAACUUUUUUAUACCGUGCUUUAUUGGCAACUGUACGAUCUAUGGGAUAUAUAGCUUUGGCAACAGCUACUUCUGGUGUUGCUGCUUCUAUUCUUCCAGGUGGACGUACUGCACAUUCACGUUUCAAAAUCCCUAUUGACAUCGAUGAAAAUACCAGUUGUAACAUUAGCAAAGAAAGCUCACUUGCAGGGUUAAUCCGAGAUGCAAAAUUGAUUGUGUGGGAUGAGGUAUUUAUGGCCAAAAGAAGAAUGUUAGAAGUUUUUGAUCUACUGUUAAAAGAUCUGAUGAAUACAAAUGCAUUAUUUGGCGGAAAAGUUGUAGUUUUAGGAGGUGAUUUCAGACAGACUCUUCCUGUUGUGCGAUACGGAAAAAAAAGAAGAUUUCAUUGGCGAAAGUUUGUUAUAUUCUAG